CUCUAGAAAAGGAACUAAGUGGGAAUCCCCAUAAUUACAAAUGUGGACAUUGUAGUUUCGCAACAGCCAGAAAGUCCUCGUUAGUAUGUCAUAUGAGGACUCACAGAGAGUCUCAACAGUCUAAUGAAAAUGGGCUAUGUGGAUAUACUAAUCAACAAAAACAAAAAUUAAAACUCCACAUUCAGAAAUGCACUGGUAAUAAGCAUUACAAAUGUAGCAAAUGUAGUUUUGCCGGGGCCUCUAAAGGUGGUUUGAAACGUCAUGAACUGGUUCAUGGUGAGAAAAGAUACAAAUGCAACCAGUGUAGUUACGAGACUGCCAUAAAGUACUCACAUGUACGUCAUAUGAAUACACAUGUAAAGGCCUACAUAUCUAGCCAGUGUAGUUAUGCUGCUGCCUCCAUACAUGAUUUAAUCAAUCACAAAACUAUCCAUGUGGACAGAAAGUACAAAUGUGACUAUUGCGGUUACGCAACUGCUAAGAAGUCAGUCUUAGUAUGUCACAUAAGAAAACACACAGGUGAAACUUGUAACCAAUGUAGUUAUACUACUACCACCAAAUCAAAUUUAAUGCACCACAUAAAAUUGCAUGGAGAGAAGCUGUACAAAUGUGGUCAAUGCAGUUUUGCUACUGUACAUAAACAAAGUCUGAAAGUUCAUAACAAAUUAAAACAUUCUAAUGUAAAGCCAUACAAAUGUGACCAAUGUGAUUUUGCUACUGCCUUUAAAAAUAGUUUCGCAUCACAUAAAUUGAUCCACUCUGAUGAAAACCUAUACAAAUGUGUCCAAUGUAGUUAUACAAGUGCCGACAGACAUAAUUUACGAACCCAUUCAAUGUUACAUAUUGGUAAGAAGCCCUACAAAUGUGACCAAUGUAGUUAUGCAACUGAAGGACAUAAUAGCUUGCUUGACCAUAUAAUGACACACACUGGUGAAAAGCGACACAAUGGUGAAAAGCGACACAAAUGUGAUCAAUGCGAUUAUGUUGCAGUCCAUAAAAGCAGUUUACUGAGACACAACAAAAGGCACAUAAGAAAAAAAGGUGGUAAAACCACUGCAGAAACUUGCCCUACAGCCACAUCAGGACCACUUGCUUGUCAAACUUGUGUGAAACUUGAACUAGUACCAGUAUCUUUUGAAGCACCACCAGAUCCCCAAGACGAGAUAGCAAUGAAAAUAAAAAAGGAACAAUUAGAUUUUCCUACAGACUUCAAAGAUAGUUUCGCAUUACAUAAAAGUGUGCAUUCUGGUGAAAAGCUAUACAAAUGCGUCCAAUGUAAUUAUGCAAGUGUCGAAAAACGUAAUUUACGAACCCAUACAAUGUUACACACUGGUAAAAAGCCCUACAAAUGUGACCAAUGUAGUUAUGCAACUGAAGGACGUAAUAGCUUGCUUGACCAUAUUAUGACCCACACUGGUGAAAAGCGACACAAAUGUGAACAAUGCGAUUAUGUUGCUGUGCAUAAAAGUAGUUUACUGAGCCACAAGAAAAAGCACAAAGGAGAAAAAAGUAGUAAAACCGCUGCAGAAACCUGCCUUACAGCCACAUCAGAACCAAUUGCUGAUCAAACUUGUGUGAAAGUUGAACUAGUACCAGUAUCUUUUGAAGCGCCACCAGAUUCCCAUGACGAGAUUACAAUGAAAAUAAAAGAGGAAGAAUUAGAUUUCGCCACUCACUUCAAAGAUAGUUUCGCAUCAGAUAAAAGGAUGCAUUCUAGUGAAAAGCUAUACAAAUGCGUCCAAUGUAGUUAUGCAAGUGCCGACAGACAUAAUUUACGAACCCAUUCAAUGUUACACAUUGGUAAAAAGCCCUACAAAUGUGACCAAUGUAGUUAUGCAACUGAAGGACGUAAUAGCUUGCUUGACCAUAUUAUAAUGACCCACACUCUUGAAAAGCGACACACUGGUGAAAAGCGACACAAAUGUGAUCAAUGCGAUUAUGUUGCAGUCUAUAAAAGUAGUUUACUGAGCCACAAGAAAAAGCACAAAGGAGAAAAAGGUGGUAAACCGCUGCAGAAACCCCCCCUACUGCCACAUCAGGACCACUUGCUGAUCAAAUUUGUAUGAAACUUGAACUAGUACCAGUAUUUAUUGAAGCACCACCAGAUUCCCAGGACAUGAUUGCUAUGAAAAUAAAAAAGAAAGAAUUAUAUACAGACGAGAAAGACGCAAUUUUAUAAGCUUCAUGCUUUGAAUUAACUUUUUAAAAUUAUGUUUAAUAGCACUCUAAGUCUCUAAUAA